AUGAAGCUGCGCCACCACCGCUACGGUUCUCGCCGUCACCGUCACCGUUACCUCUCUCUCUCUCUCUCUCUCUCUCUCUCUCUCUCUCUCUCUCUCUCUCUCUCUCUCUCUCUCUCUCUCUCUAUGCGCGCGUGCAGUGCACCUUUAUCAAAAGAUCUUGAACAGCUCCAGAAAAAUCCGUGUUGUUCCACACACACACACUCUCUCUCUCUUUUUCUUUCUCUCUCUUUCUCUCUCUCUCGCUUUCUCUCUCUCUACACACAGGAGCAUUACACAACACAUGCGAACCACAACCACGAGCACAACAUGUCGAGCCGAAUCAGCACAACGUCUGAUCGCCAGGGUCGACGUGACGGCUUCUAUCGUCAAACCCGCAGUCAACCCGAGAAUCAGCUCAAUCAACAGAAUGCUACUCGUGGAUUUCGGCUAGAGCCUAUCCAAACCCGCGGCGAGACCUUUGCCACACAACGCCUCGAUUCCAACAAGAACAACCUCCAUCGUGUUGCCGAAACCUUUGCGAAACAGCUCAAUCGCGUGCUCAGCAUACAAUCGGAGCAGGCGGGCACGCAAAUUACCAGCCACUUUUCUGACUGGAAACGUGCCUUGCGCUCAGAGCGCAAGCGCUCAGAUGAUUGGUACAAGCAUCUUGCCAAUCUUGACGUUGACAUUGAGGAACCCGUCACGCUUCCAGUGGCCGAACCACAAGAACACUUGAAGUGUCUUCUCGAGUAUAGAGUGCACAUCAAAAGAGCUGUGUGGUUCAUCAAGGCUUACAGCUGUAUCAAAUCUUCGGGGCCGGCGCCGCCGGCUGAUGUGUGGACCCACGAGAUUGCCCGUCGGCUUGAGCAAUGCUAUUACCAGCAGGCCAUGGGCUCGCCCGCCAAUAAUUCAAAGGACUUGAUCGACGAAUGGCAAUAUCUUUGGCGCUUGAUGCUCACGGGGCUGGACGAGGUCCAGCGCGCCCUUGCAUUCAUGCCAUAUCUCACCGACGUUCUCAAACAAGCCAUUGAGUCACAAGAGCUAUGCAUUACUAUUGUUAGCGAGCUGACACCAUUCAUCAGCCGCCCCAUUCAGGGCGAGAGCACCCAGUUGUUGCAAUUGCAAGAUCUAUGCGUGGAUGUUUGUGAGACCAUUGUCUUGGCGCGGCCCCACUUUUGCAUCUUACACUCGCCCGAUGCGUGCUACCAACUCGCCGAGGCUCUGGCCCCGCGCGCGGCCAUCCACCCCCCUCUCCAGUGUGCCCUGGGCAUCAUCAAGAGCAUAUCCCAAACCCUUUAUUCCUCACGACCUUCAAGCACUGAAAACCGCGUCUGGACUCCUUUGCUGGUACAAUCGUGGCUCAGCGUGCUUGCCGAUGGGCCCACAACCGACACACUCAAGAACUUGCACACGUUUGGUCAAAGCAAGCAUCUUGUUGGAGCAAACAUCGACCUCAGCAGCUGGCAGAACUUGCUUGAAGCUGAACUCUUGAAGCUGUUUCGGGGACCUGAAAUUGGAAACUCGGGCUCUUCAACACGAGCCAGCACACCCGCCGCUGACUCUGGAAAGCAGCAGCACAAGGACAUAUUCGUCGCCUCGGAUGAGUUGCGGCGCGCUCUGCCGCCAGGCUCAUUAAUCCAAAGCCUGGUUGGGAGCACCGGUACCGAUGUUGGGGAGCUGGUGAAACCAGCAGCCGAUGCUCUGUCCCGCAUGCUGCAGCAUGCCACCACGGCCGCACAACUGGGUGCCGUCGGCAUUCUUGUGACCAUCCUGACCCGAGACCUCGGCCUCUCCACUUUUGUGUUGCAAACUACGACAUGCAGCCGCUCGGAACAUGGGUUUGGCACAAGCGCAAGACUUGGUUGUAGCUGCAAGUCAAGGCCAGACCAUGCCAAGUGCGGAGACCCUGACGCCUCACUCGAAGACCAGGACGAGCUCGACGAGAGCCAAGGCCAGGCGCUGCGCGUCGUGGCUUUGGACCUUUGCUUGCAGCUCUACCUGGCGGCCGGCAAUGCACAAGCUGCAUUGGAUGCUUUCCAACGGGUGGUUGUGACAGGAAGCUUGGCGCCUAGCGAUGCUGUUGAACUCUACGCAAAAUCUUUAUUAUGUUCUACCCAUGGACCCUUGUUGUGCCUGGCUCAGCGCUAUGCGCCCUUGAUCAAUACCCUUGUAGCCGCUCUGCCUCCUCGCAAGGAUCCACACACCGUGGAGGAGUGUCAAACGCGGCAAUACCUGGCCCGUCUUGAGCCAGGGCCGGAGGCUGGGUGGCCGUCGGUGGACCCCGUCGCCGUCUCAGAUCAACGCGCGGCGCUCCAAGACUUCACCUUGAAAGAAGUGAUUGAGAAUCCCUCCUUGAAGGCUUUGGAGGAGCAUUCGGCGUGGAGCGAAAGUGCUGACAAUGCAGCUGGCCUCCUGGCCUCCUUGAUGGCCGUGGUUCUGGGCCGCGAUACCACCCACAUUCAUCGUCUGCAUGAUGCUGAAUAUGUCAACAGUUUGACCGAGGUGAUCAUCGCCGUGAGCCGCCGCUUCCCAGCCGGCCAGCAUGCGCUGACGCGUGAAAUUAAUCGCCUCAGUGCACUGGACGUGCAGGCCCUGCACAACUUGCCAGUUGCGCGUGCCAUCACCUCGGUCCUGUGUGCUGCCCUGGAAGCUGGGUUCACCCCCUCCAUCAACAAGCUUGUCGGCUUUGUUAGCAACUCUCGCACCGACCCUGUCACCCCACGGCUGUGCCUGCUGAUGUUUGUGCACAGAGUCGUUGUUGAACGUCGCCCUUACUGGCGAACUUUCAUGACCUUCCGAGACCUUGUCGAGCAAAGCAUGCGGCUUGAGCUGCUCGCCGAGAUCUUUGUUGACGACAUGACGUGUGACCUGAUCUUUGGCAUCAUCAAUAAACGAAGUUCAAAUGACAUCUUGCGUAAUCUUGACGAUUUGAUUGCCUUGCGAGAGCCCGGCUGGCUGGAUUACGCUAGCAAGCAAAGUCUGGCGUCGGACGCACCCUUUUUCCUACGCCUCCUCUCCUCUCCAGUUGGCCACCUCGUGCGAUUGCGAGCCAUGCUAUGUGACCCCAAGGUCUUUGAAGAGCCAGCCGUUCGGGGCGCACUCCUGGAUGAUGUCAUCUUGCAGCAACCCACGAAUCGGUGCCCCUUGUUAUUGUUGCUGUUUGAGAGCUUUGCCCCGGGCACGCUCAAGGUGCUACCAGAUGAGCUCUUCAAAUGCUGGAUACGGUCCGAACCGGCUGACACAAAGCCUGUUCAUGAGCUGGAGCGCCUGGUCUCAGUUGUCUUGAAGCAAAACUCGAGCUCUGCGACAGUGGAUUGGCUGGCCAAUCUCAACAAGCUUCUCGAGCAAAGGCCGAGCCCCAGCUUGAUUCUCGCUCUUUUAAAGAUUGUUAGCAGUGCAACACAAAUCUUGUGCACUCGCAUGAACCAGUUUGUUCGUGAGCAGCUCAAAUGUCUCUGUACCAACGUGGUGCAGCAUCUUGUCUCCAUUUACCAGAAGAGCGGCCGUUUGCCUCUUGAGAUCUAUUACACAUUCCUUCUGUUUUCACACCAACUUGCGGGCGAGCUUCAGUUUCGCAGUGUCGGCAAAGAAAUUUUGGCCAGCCAAGAGAUUCCUGCGGAAGCAUUGCCAUGGUCAGUGCGAUUGGUGGUCAAUUUUGCCUCUGUUUGGCAAGACCAAACGCGCGUAGUGCAACACGUGUCUACGGUUUUGUCCUCAUGA